AUGGCUCCAAUCAACUUGUCCCAUCGACGGACACAUAAUCUACUCCUUAUCUCCAAACUGCUAAGCCUACGGGACACAGCCUCACCGCUUACCCUCUUGUUGGACUCGUUGGAGCAACCCGCUACUACUCUCCUUAAGGAGUAUAUCAGGCGCGCCAAGCUCUCAAAAGUCCAUAUCACUCUUAUUUCAUUUGAAACAUUGAAGCAACCAGACGGUGUUGAUGCAUUCAUAUCUGCGCGUCGCAAAACUCCUGCCGAUAUCAUAAAGGAAGUCUCGCUUGCAUAUCAAGUUCCUGCCUCGGUUGGCGUGUCAAAAAGACGCCUCAUAAUUAUUGAUGCUAUCAACCCACUUCUGAAUACUCGGAAAACUGACCCUGGGUUUCAUCUUCCUUCCUUCCUUGGUUCCUUCAUUGCUCCAUCGAGCCCAUCAGUACCCAAGGCCGAAGUAUCACUAGUAGUGACAUACCACAAAGAUGUCCCUGAUAUUCCUGUGCCAAAUCACUACUCACCAUCACCACUUUCAAUGCUCACAUAUCUUGCUACAAGUGUGAUUACUCUACAUUCCUUUUCUCAUAUUCUAGCGCAGAAGGCUGCUCGCGACCGCAGUCUGGCUGCUCCUGUUUUCGGCCUCGAAGAGGAACUUGAUGGCAUUCUUCUUGGUCGACUAGACAAACUAGUGGGCACAGGAGCUGUGGAAGGAAUUGUACUUGAGCUAGAGCAUCGCCGCAAGAGUGGGCGUGGCGUUCUGGAAUGGUAUCUUCUUCCGCCUGCAUCACGCUAUUCGCCACAACAGGUCAAAGAGGUCGUAACCCUUCUCGACGACAAUACUUUGUACAACCCUCCUAUGCUUGCUGACAAUAGCCCCGACGAUGAGGAGCCAAAAUCGACAUUCGAAAUGGGCCUUACCGAGAGGCAGAGGCGAGAGAGAGAAGGAGUCGUGCUACCAUAUUUUGAUGCCCAGCAUGGAGAUGGACCAGGCGAAGGAGGCCGCAUUCUUUACGAUAUGGGCGAAGAAGACGACUUCGACGAAGAGGAAGAUGAGAUCUAA